AUGGGACCUAUCAAAGCGAUUAAGAAGAAGAAGAGAUCAGCGGAGAAGAAGGUUGAUCGAAACGUCUUGCUCGCUGCUGCUGCUGCCGCCUCCUCCGCCGCCGCUGCUCUUCACAGCGACGAUUCAUCUCAGCCGUUCGAUUGGUGGGAUGGAUUCUCUCGCCGUAUUUCUGGUAUUGGCUUUAUCGUAAAUCUCGCUUCUCUCUUCGUUUCUUGGCUUCUCGCAUUGGCUUCGUUCAAACGCAUUUCUCCGAAUCUCGUUGUCGGUUUCGGAUUCACGGAUGUAGCUUACGUCAUCUUGAUUCCUCGUUUCUCUAUCGAUUACUUAGAACUUGCGUUUCACUGUCCAUAUUUGGGGUCAACGGAUCCAAAGACAUUUGAGUCGGUUUUCAAAGUAUCAAGGAAGACAUUUGACUACAUUUGCUCUCUCGUGAAAGACGAUUUCACAGCAAAGCCUGCAAACUUCAGCGACUCGACGGGGAAGCCCUUGUCACUCAACGACCGUGUGGCGGUGGCGCUGAGGAGGCUCGGCUCUGGCGAGUCUCUCUCGGUCAUUGGAGAGUCCUUCGGGAUGAACCAGUCAACGGUCUCUCAGAUCACUUGGCGCUUUGUUGAGUCAAUGGAAGAGAGAGCCCUGCACCACCUCUCAUGGCCUUCCAAGUUCGACGAGAUCAAGUCCAAGUUUGAGAAAAUCUCAGGGCUUCCAAACUGCUGUGGAGCAGUCGACAUCACGCACAUCGUCAUGAACCUCCCCGCAGUGGAACCCUCGAACAAAGUUUGGCUUGACGGAGAGAAGAACUUCAGCAUGGUGUUGCAGGCGGUGGUGGACCCGGAGAUGAGGUUCCUCGACGUGAUCGCCGGUUGGCCGGGGAGUCUAAGCGACGACGUCGUGCUCAAGAACUCUGGAUUCUUCAAGCUUGUUGAGAAAGGGAAGAGGCUGAGUGGGGAAAAGAUUCAGAUCUCGGAGAGAAGCGAGCUGAGAGAAUACAUUGUAGGUGAUUCGGGUUUCCCUCUGCUUCCAUGGCUUCUCACUCCAUACCAGGGCAAACCAUUGUCGCUUCCUCAGACAGAGUUCAACAAGAGACACUCGGAGACGAGAAAAGCCGCGCAGAUGGCGUUGGCCAGGCUUAAAGACAGGUGGAGGAUCAUAAACGGGGUGAUGUGGAUGCCGGAUAGGAACCGGUUGCCGAGGAUCAUCUUUGUCUGUUGCUUGCUGCACAACAUUCUUAUAGAUAUGGAUGAUCAGACUUUGGACGAUCCUCUUUUGUCUCACCAACAUGACGUGAAUUACAGGCAGCGAAGCUGCAAGCUUGUCGAUGAGGCUUCUUCUGUCUUGAGAGAUGAACUCUCUCACCAAUUGUGGGGGGAGAGUUCCUCAGCUUGA